CUUGUUGGCUGUGCAUCAGCAGGGGGGUCUUUAUACAAAAGCUUCUGCGCUUUAAGUUUAUGUUUUACAGGAUUGCGAGAGUAAUUUCAAAAGCCCCAGUUCACUCUGUGCGUCAGCUUUUUUUUAUAUUACGAAAUUCAAGAAAACUGACGUCCAAAAUGUCUUUUCAGUAUCCCCAGGCAUACCGCGACGAGUCAGUUGUGGACGACUAUCAUGGCUACAAAGUACCUGACCCAUACAGCUGGCUGGAGGACCCUGACAGUGAAAAAACACAGGCCUUUGUAAGUGCUCAGAACCAGCUCACUUUGCCGUUUUUAGAGUGCUGUGAGGUGCGAGAGCUGUUCAAGGAGCGGAUGACCGAGCUGUAUGACUAUCCCAAGUAUAGCUGUCCCUUCAAGAGGGGAAGCAGGUACUUUCACUUCUACAACACAGGCCUCCAGAAUCAGAGUGUUAUGUAUGUGCAAGAGAGCCUAGAUGCUGAGCCAACAGUCUUCUUAGAUCCAAAUACAUUUUCUGAAGAUGGAACAGUUGCCCUGCGAGGCUAUGCAUUCUCUGAGGAUGGGGAGUACCUGGCUUAUGGCACUAGUGCCAGUGGGUCUGACUGGGUGGAGAUCCGCUUUCUGCGUGUUGAGGGUGCCGUGCCUUUAGAGGACCGCCUCGAGCGAGUCAAAUUUAGUUGCAUGUCCUGGACCCAUGAUGGGAAGGGUCUUUUCUACAACUCAUAUCCUGACCAGGAGGGCAAAAGUGAUGGCACUGAGACCUCCACUAACCUGCAUCAGAAGCUAUACUAUCAUGUUCUGGGGACUCCACAGUCUGAAGACGUCCUAUGUGCAGAAUUUCCUGACCACCCCAAAUGGAUGAGUGGAGCAGAAGUAUCAGAAGAUGGGCGCUAUGUGCUGCUGUCUAUCAGAGAAGGAUGUGAUCCUGUCAACAGACUGUGGUAUUGUGACCUCAAAUCUACUCCUCAGGGUAUUACAGGACUUUUGCCAUGGGUAAAAUUAAUCGACAACUUUGAUGCCGAAUACGAAUAUGUAACAAACGAGGGCACGUUGUUCACUUUCAAGACCAAUUUAGAUGCCCCACGUUACAGACUAAUCAACAUUGACUUUGCCUCGCCUGAGCAGAGCAACUGGAAGGAGCUCCUCCCUCAACAUGACAAGGAUGUCAUUGUGUUUGCCACCUGUACGUACUCCAGCUAUCUGUUUGUGUGUUUCCUCCAUGAUGUGAAGAAUGUGUUGAAAAUGUACCGUCUGAGCUCAGGGGAGGAGAUGAGGACCUUCGCUCUUGAUGUUGGAUCCAUAGUAGGCUUUACAGGACGAAAGCGAGACUCUGAAAUCUUUUAUUAUUUCACUUCUUUUCUGUCUCCAGCCAUCAUUUACCACUGCGACCUAACUAAGGAGCCCCUGCAGCCCCACAUCUUCAGAGAGGUCACUGUGAAAGGCUUCAACCCCUCAGACUACCAGACCACACAGAUCUUCUACCCAUCCAAGGAUGGCACUCAAAUACCCAUGUUUAUUGUUCACAAGAAGGGCAUCAAAAUGGAUGGCUCCCAUCCAGGUUUUCUUUAUGGCUAUGGGGGCUUCAACAUCUCUAUCACACCAAGCUACAGUGUCUCUAGACUCAUCUUUGUCAGACAUCUGGGGGGAGUUUUAGCUGUCGCCAACAUCAGAGGAGGAGGAGAAUAUGGGGAGACCUGGCACAAAGCUGGCAUGCUGGCAAAUAAACAGAACUGCUUCACAGACUUCCAGUGUGCAGCUGAAUAUCUAAUCAAGGAGGGCUACACGUCUCCCUCCAAACUGACUAUAAAUGGAGGCUCCAACGGUGGCCUGCUUGUAGCGGCCUGUGUGAACCAGCGGCCUGAGCUGUUUGGGUGUGCAGUAGCUCAGGUGGGCGUCAUGGACAUGCUGAAAUUCCACAAGUUCACAAUCGGACAUGCCUGGACCACAGACUUCGGCUGUUCAGAAGACAAAGAGCAGUUUGAAUGGCUCAUGAAAUACUCACCGCUUCAUAACAUCCGUAUCCCAGAAGGCAAUGGGGUCCAGUACCCUGCUGUACUUUUGCUGACGGGCGACCACGAUGACCGGGUAGUGCCUCUGCAUUCCCUCAAGUACAUUGCUACUCUGCAGCACACUGUAGGCCGCAGCCCCAAACAGACAAAUCCCCUUUUCAUCCUUGUAGACACAAAGUCGGGCCACGGUGCUGGCAAGCCCACCAGCAAGGUCAUUCAGGAGGUUGCUGACACUUACGCCUUCAUCGCUCGCUGUCUCAACAUCUCCUGGGUCAAAUAACCUGCAUCUUCUUUUAAAGUGUGUGGUUUUUGUUUUUGUUUGUUUUUUAUUCUUUGGUCAAACCAUAUUUAGAAUACAGUUAAUACCAAGUGUUGACACAUUGUUUAUAGCACGACUACCUUUUUUUUUUUUUUUUUUUUGUGCUGAUCUGUUUCUGUCCCUCCCCCUGUGUGAGCAGAUCAGAUCAGAGAGUUAGCAGGCUCUCCACUGCACACAAAUAUAAGCCAACAUGCAUCUCUCACACCUAAUCUGUUUGUUGUUCUGUGUAAUCAGAGGGGGCUCUCUUCAUGGAUGAUACAGUAAUCAGCCAGUCAGCCGUUAAAGUCAUGAGGUGAAAAUAGCAAAAAUUUCAUUUCAAGAUUGUUCCUGCUCCCUUUGGGUGCUGCAGCCUGAUGCGUGUUAUUUAUUUCUCGAUUGUGCACAGAAUGGAGUCUGUUUGUCAGAUGAUGUCAGUACCUACAAAUGUUAGUGACAGUAUUACAUGAAUGAUGGUACUGCUGGUGGAUGGAGUGAAAACAAUUGCAAAAAAAACAAUAUUGUGUUUGCAUGUGAAAGAGUGUGUGUGAGUGUGUCGGUAUAUAAAUUUCAGUCCUUGCAUUAAUUUCAGACUGAUGAUUUCUACCUCUUGACUUGUGCUGAUUGUUUACCUUUUCAAAGGGAACAAAACACAAUGCCACAAAUACAAUAAAUAACUUUU